UGACUUGUAAUUUGACGUGUGUAAAUGUUAUCGAAAUUAUUUUCCUAUUUAAUUCUCAUAAAAAUAAACAAACGAGCUAAAUGUUAUAAACGUGAGUGAAUCGUGGUGCUAUAAAGAUAUUUAAUGUGAAUUCGUUUGUGUUAUAGUGCAAACAGUGCAUGUCAAGAUCCCAGCUACAGUGUCAGAAGUCGAAACAUUCAAAUAAGUCGUCAAAUAGUAGCAUAUUGAUGACAUUAAAUAUACAACAGUACAAUGGCUGCAGUACAAAAGCUAGACAACCAACGUCCGAUAAAUAUACCAGAUAACAGGAAAGAGCGAGACGCAAUGAACAACGAGAUAUCGUCCACGUCCAGUGAUGAAACGCAAAACACAGCGUCCAUCGUCAAAUAUAAUGUCUACAAGAAACGGUACAAGGAUUGCGCGUCCGACAACGAAACGGAUGGCCCCAGGAACAGGGCGAUCGUGCAGCGCAACCAUUACAAGUCUAUGGGCAAUCUGAACGAAUCGUAUCGUCGAGAGUUUAGGAACAGCGUCAACAGCAUCAGCAACGUGGACCUGAGUCUGCACGGCGAUGAUGUGAAGAAGUUCGAGUCGCUGCAAAUACCCAUAGUCGGGUACGAAGUUAUGGAGGAAAGGGCUCGGUUCACAAUAUACAAGUUGAAAGUUGAGGACGAUAAGAGGGACCAAUCGUGGCUGGUGUUUCGGAGGUACACGGACUUUGUCCGUUUGUUCAACAGGAUCAAGGGCGAACAGCCGAAUCUGAUGCUGCCGCUGCCGGGGAAACGGUGGUUCAGGGAUAACUUCGAGCCGGCGUUCUUGGAGGAGCGGGUGCGUGGGCUGCAAGUCUUCGUGAACGCCAUAUUGAAUAAGCUACCCAACCACCCGGUGGUUAGGGAGUUUUUCUGCUUGGACGAACCGCCUCAAGUGUUCACGUAUCAGCCGGAAGUGCAAGCGGUGUACGGGGCUCUGGAAGAUUCUAUAACCACGCUGAAAAUGCAGUUAAAGCAGAAGGACGCGACGAUAAUGCAUUUACAGAAACGGCUGUCGCAAAUGGAGGACAAAGUGAAAAACUGUCCGAAAUGUUCCAAUGUUCAAAUGUAGUUCAAAUGUAAUUGACUUUAUAUGAUGAGAGCAUUUAUUUUUUUAUCUGUGUUUUAAGUUUUGCAUUGUGGGGGUAGGGUGUGAUCAACGUCAAAAGAGGGUUUUUGAGCGAGCAUUUUUGUGCCUUUAAAAGUAGAGAAGUAUUAGAAUAGUGUAUUUUAAUUGGAGGGUAGUUGUCAAUCAGUUUUGUCAAACUACCCUCACAUUGAACACAAAUUGAAAACUAUUUGAUGUUUAUUUAGAAAGAAAUAAUCAUAUAAGUGUAUUCGUCUAUAGAAAUGUACAAAAAUUGUUAUUUAAUAACAAAUAAAACAUAUAUUAUGAAUUGUACAAAUAAAUAAAUAAACAAACCCCUUUCACACCCUUUCUCUUUACAUUUCGACAUUCAAUAUUUUAUUAAAGUGUAAUAUUUUAAUUUUAAUGAUUUUACCAAAUACUAAGAAAUGAUCUUCUUUUGAUUGCGAGCUGUGAGUCAUAAUUUUAUUAAUAUCUGCAUCACACGAAUAUAGUAAAGUGUUAUGUGUGUCAUACACUCACACGAAAAGGCUGGUCGAAUUAGAAUGCAGUUCGGUAGAAAGAUAGCUUAUUUUUAACAAUAUGUAUUAAGUAGUCUCCCAGUUUCGUUCAGGCUCAACUGGCAGUAUAAAUCGCGAGUAUAAACUAUACGUGUUAAAAUUCAUCCAAAAGUGUUCAGCCGUUUUUGUGUGAUUACGCAACACACAUCUAAAAACUUCAGCUCGUAAUCAAAAUCAAGCAUUACAACUAAUAGGUGCUAAUUAUUAAGCAUUUUAUUGUGAUAAGUAUGUGAAUAUGUAUCUUACUUUUAAGAUUUAAUAUAUGUAUUUUUCUGAACAUGACACAAUCAAGGGCUGGUUUUUUCCUCUACAGUCGUCGUAGAAUUGUAAAAAUCGCUAGAUUAUAAAGUGACUUGCGAAAACUGGCGAAAAUUUGUGACCUGAAACGUUUUGUUGCUAACGUUAUAGUAGAUUUAUCACGGCUUCACUUUCUUAGUUAAAAAGACAUUGUCAUGGGAAUGAGAUGUCUCACCGCGGCAAAAGCAGCCCAUGUCACUCUCUAUCCUCUAACUGGGACUGCGGUCAAACGUCUGCCUAUCUCUAA